AGCAGAGUACAGCAGAGAUUUAGGUCUGCAGAGAGAGAGAGAGAGAGAGAGAGAGAGAGAGAGAGAGAGAGAGAGAGAGCGAGAGAGAGCGAGAGAUUCUGAUUCUGGGCAACGUGGAACUGUCCUGGAGCAGCCGAGAGGAUGAAGCGAACAACUUUCCUGCUGGUGUUUGGAGUCGUGCUGAGCUUCUGUCGGGCUCAGUCUGACACGGGAGGCGAGGAGACCGGCGGCGGCGAGGAGGAACACGUGGAGCUCUUCACCACGCCGGCGACUAAGAUGGGCGCCGCCACCUCGGACUUCGGCUACAACCUGUUCCGCGCCCUGGCGAGCCGCGACGCCGCCACCAACGUCUUCCUGUCCCCCAUCAGUGUGUCCGCGGUGCUGACGCAGCUCUCCAUGGGAGGGUCGGAGAACGCUCAGCGGCAGCUGUUCAGGGCUCUGAGGUACCACACCCUGCAGGACCCUCAGAUUCACAACACCCUGAAGGACAUGCUGGUCUCCGUCAGGGCGCCCGGGAAAGGCCUGAGUACUGCCGCUCGCAUCUACCUGGCACGACGACGUGUGAAGCAGGACUUCUUCUCGCUGGUGGAGCAGCAGUAUGGAGUUCGUCCGAAGUCCCUGCAGGGAGGAAAUAGAGAUAUGAAAGAAAUCAACGACUGGGUGUCUCGGGAGACCGGCGGGAAGGUGCAGCGCCUCCUGGCCAAGCCCAUCCCCCAGAACUCUGGGGUGAACACCGUGAGCGCCGCCUACUUUAAAGGGAAGUGGGUGACUCGGUUCGGUCAGAGCGCAGCAAUGGAGAACUUCCAACUGGACGGCGGGCUACCUGUCCGCGUUCCCAUGAUGCAACAGGAUAACUACCCCGUGAAGAUGGGCAUCGACCCAGAUUUGAGCUGUACGAUCGCUCAGAUCCAGAUGCAGGACGACGUCAGCAUGUUCGUCUUCCUGCCCGAUGACGUGACCUCCAACAUGACGCUGCUGGAGGAAAGUCUGACCGCAGAGUUCGUCCAGGAUCUCUCCAUGACGCUGCAUCCUGCCACGGUGUCCCUCGCUCUGCCAACCCUGAGGCUCAGCUACUCCACCGACCUGCUGCCGCUGCUCAGCGACCUCGGUCUCUCUGAAUGGCUCGCCAACACGGAUCUGGAGAAGAUCACGACUCAGACCAUCAAGCUCGGCAGCGUCCAUCACAAGGUCGUCAUGGAGACGGCGCCCGAGGGGACCCAUUACCCGACCGCCGACACACCGGCUCACCUGUCCUACCGAGUGGACCGGCCCUUCCUCUACCUGAUCCGGGACGAGGCGUCGGGAGCGCUGCUCUUCAUCGGCAGGGUGGUCAACCCCAAGGACCUGAGGAUAUAACACACACAGCCCUGUACUUCUACCUUUGUGAGGACACUCAUUGAUAUAACGCAUUCCCCGACCCUGUAACCUCACCGUAACCAUCACAACGAUACGACGCAGUAUUACAGCCACACUGAGGACAAAUAAAUAAAUCUGAGAUUACGAGAAUAAAGUCAUAAGUUUAAGAGAAUAAAGUGAUAAUAUUAUAAAGUAGUAAUGUUACGUGUUAUUUUAGAGGGUAAAUA